AACAACCGUUCUCUGGAAAAAAAAGUCCUCCACUCCAUUUUCAACAUUUUGAAAUCUUUAAUUGAACUCAGCGAAAAAAAAAAACAAAAAAACAAAGUGUCAAGUGUGUUCCUUCAUAUCGUACUCCAUGGUGCAUUAAGUGUGUCGCUAUUUGCUUGGUUUAAUUCCGGUGUUCUUUGCUUGAAUUAUAGAAGAGAUAGAAGAAAACCCCCCGCAAAAAAAAAGUGUGUUAUUGUUUUGUUUUUCAAGUUCAAUCUUUUGAAUGAUGAUUGCCGAUCAAGUCAACGCCCUGAAUCGCGCUCGCGAAGUGGCAGCCGUGGCCAAUUUGAUCCGUUUAGCAGCGGCCUCUCAUCAAUCGGCUCAAGCCGCCGCAGCAGCCGCAGCCGCCGCCAGCAAAGUCGUUGAACACCAUCACAACCAGCCAUCGCCCAAGAUCAAACGCGAUCCGGCGGAAGACAGCAGUCAUCACAGCACGGAAGGAGAGGAAGAAGAAGAAGAGGAAGAAGAAGAACAACAACAAGUGACAAGUAGAAUGUCUUCGACAAUCGGACCGGUGGUCGUCGUUUCAUCGGCCGCAUCGGCCAUGCCCGUCUCGCCGGUGCAACCUCAACCGUCGAAGAGGAUCUCGUUCAGCGUCGACUCGUUGCUCUCCGACGUGCGACGGACUUCUUCACAGCCGCAACAUCAGACGCAGGCGGCCGACUUGUCGUUGCGAUCGGCCAACAACAACAACAACAACACGAGCACGAGCAGCAACGGCGGAUGCCACACAUCCAGCGACGAGGAAGAUAACAAGUCGAUGAUGGACUCGACGGAAGAGUGCGACGUCGAUUGCGACGACGACGAAGACGUCGACAUCGAAGAGGAGGGCAUGUCGGAGACAUCCGAUACCCCGAAACUCUCUCGUCCGUCGCCCACCUUGGCCGCGGCCAGCAUGUUCCAUCACCACCACCAUCCUGGCCUAAUGAGCCACCAUCAUUUCCAGCAGGCCAGCUUGCAGGCCAUGCAAAUGCGAGGCGUUGUAGCCGGAACUCACCCGAACUCCGCUUCAGCCGUCGGCGGUGGCCCGUCGCCAUUCCCCGGUUCGGCUGUCGGUCCAGCUCCACAAGGAUGGCCACUCCCUUACGGCCUGGCCGCAGCCGCUUGGGCCCAGCACGCUUCCCAAUUUGUCUCGAAAGAUGGAUCGGAUUUGAGCAAAUUGCCCAGCCUUCAUCAUCAAGGCCUCAACCCUCAUCAUCACCACCACCACCUGGACGGGCUCCCUAAAUUACCACCAGGUGGUCAGCUGCGAUGCCAGUUGCGCAAGCACAAGCCCAACCGCAAGCCGAGGACCCCGUUCACCACCCAACAGCUGAUGGCUCUGGAGAAGAAGUUCAGAGAGAAGCAAUACCUCUCCAUCGCCGAACGGGCUGAAUUCUCCGCCUCGCUGUCCCUCACCGAGACUCAGGUGAAGAUUUGGUUCCAGAACCGACGGGCCAAAGCCAAGCGACUCCAAGAAGCCGAGCUGGAAAAAUUGAGGAUGACAUCGCGAGGUCCCCUCGGUCACCUGAUGCCGCCGCACAGCGCCGCAGCCUUCGGCCUAUUCGGUCCAGGUGCCAUGUCCGGCUUGUACGGACCUCCAGGAGGGCCGGCUGUCCCUCCAAACUCGUCGGCUGGAAGCAGCAAUAAUUCGGUGGCCAAUAACGGCAGGCCUAGCAACGCAUCGGCCGCAGCCGCCGGGAUGAUGAGCGCCUUCGCUUCGUUGUAUCCGAUGACGAGCAGUUCAUCGCCAAUGACGAGUUCCAGCGCGAGUCCGUCGAUGGGCAACAACAACACGGUCACCACCAGCGUCGCCGCCAUGAUCCAUCGCUAAAAUCUCCACAUGUUUGUCUUCAAAACGUCCCUGUCACCAAAUGAAAUUAUGAAAGAUUAUAUUAUGUGUAUUUUUGUCAUUUGAUUUCACACACACACACACACAAAAACAACAAUGCAGUGCAUUUUUCAAUUCAAACCUCUUUUUACUCUCCGUCAUGUGUAAAUAGUGAUGUAAAUAUAAUAACCUCGUCCUACAUUUUAAAAACUGUUUUCCUCCUUUUUGUGUUCAUCUGUGGCGAUGAUGAAAUCUCUUCCUGAAUGGGUUGUAUUAUAAAAAAAAAAAACAACAACAACAUUGUCUCACCUUGUUUUUGUUUUUGUUUUGUUUUUUUCCACCUAUUUUUUAAUUGGAUGAAGUUGCGACUGAUUGAAGCGCAAAAUGUUCCCCGUUUCUAUUUGGCCAGACCCUCGAUGUGUAAAUAUUCAAUAGGGGCACUUCCAUCAAUUUGGACAUGAUGUAAUUCUUUUUAAAUGUAAAUGCAUACAACAACAACAACAAGAAAAGCAAAAACAAAAAGCCCAUUCUCUUUUGUAUACGCAUUUUGUGUUUUGAAUUUUGUGUUGUUUUUUUUUUCAAGUUUGUUUGCCGUGCGUGUAUACAUCGACUGAUGUCUUCAUGGCAUUUUGGUGCUGCCAAUCGUCAUCAGCUUUCCGAUCUGUUCCAAAAAUAAUAAACUAUCCCUCUCUCUC